AUGAGUGAGGAGAAGACGCGCGAAGACCAAAUUCUCGGUGGAACACGCGCCCUCAGCACAAUUCUUGUCCUAAGUAUUGGCCCAUUGGUAAGUCAAGUCACGACUUCAUUGUAUGGUUUCGUAAAUACAAUUUGGUUACGCUUUGGCGUGUCCGAACUUGCAACAACUGCCUUAGCCUCAACAACUACAAUUGAUCCUCUUUCAAUGAACUGUGGUUUCUAUCUUUCAACGUGCUGCGCAUCUAAAGUUGCAGCACUUUUCGGAGAACACCGCGGCGAUGCAGCAGCUCAAAUCAUAGUUGAUAUGAUUAGAGUUUCAAUAUUCUUUGCCAUCUUGCUUCCUGCUAUAUUAAUUCCUGUUUCUGGCCCAUUCAUGAAAUGGUUAGGGGCUUCAGCCGAAGUUGUACAGCUUGGAAAAGACUAUUUGAUUCCAUUGGUAGCUUGCACCCUCAUUACCUGUAUUUAUUUAAUGCUUUGUGGCUGCAUUCAAGCCGAAGGCAGAACAUACACAUUUGCCAUCGUACAAAUUUCAUCAUUAAUACUCAAUGCCGGUGUAUUCAAUCCAUUGUACAUCUUGGGAUGCAAACUUGGUAUCCGAGGUGCUGCCCUGAGUCAAAUUUGUUCUCAAUUUGUUCCAGGAAUCUUUCUUUUCAUCUUCAUGUUUAGAGGAAAGUUUACCUCACAGCCAAAGUUUAACAUGUUCCUCAAAAAACCUUCACCAGAGCUUUGGCAGACACUAAAAAUCGGAUUACCUUCGUUGGUCGGCGCUGUUUCAGCCACAUUACCAUCUAUUGUCUUCCAAAAGUGCAUUGCAUCAUCAUGCGGCUCAGAACACGAGUUUAAUAUCAUGAUGGCUCUUUACAAUGCCUACAAUAGAAUCUACCAGAUUGCGAUCGCCCUUUUCAUGGCUGCAACGUCCGGAUUCCUACCUUCUGGAUCAUUUGCCUUUGCAGCCAAGCGAAAGAGAAGAGUUUUGUUCUUAUUUGCUCAUACUUCAUGGCUUGUUAUAGGAACAGCUGCGAUUCUCACAAUUUUGUUAUAUUCAGCAAACAAACCAAUCGCAAAAAUAUUCUCAAAGGAUGAAUUGUUCAUAGAAAGGUUCUGGAAGUGCACUCUUCCUUAUUGGACAACAUGUCCAUUAUGUUCUUUACAAUACAUCAUUACGGCUUUACUACAAGUAUGCGAAAGGCCUGUAUGGGCUUUCAUUGGCUCAUUUGUCACGCAAAUAGCCAUGUGGCCUGCAAUGGCGAUCGCAUUUUAUUUUACGAACAAACAUAACGUCGUUCGUUUGUUUUUCGCAUGUAUGUCGAAUGAUGUAUGCUCGGCUAUUGUUCUACUUGUCCCUUUGAUUCCAACUUUGCACAGUCUUAUCUGGGCCAAGGAUGCAGUCGAUAGUAAAGAUAAAUUGGAGAUCAAGCAAUCCGAAAUGGAUGUUGACCAUAAGGAUGAUGUGGAAGAAGAAGUUCCAGAAACACCAAUUAUCAGCGAACUUUAA